AUGUCCUCAGCUCCUCCACGUCCUAAACCUUGGGAAGUUAAUAAUAGUUCAUCAGCCGAUGUGACAACAGCUACUGGCACUACUACGACGCCAGGGAUCCAACCAGUUUCUUCAACUAGUCCAAUUACAGCGACAACUGGAUCGAUUCCAUCAUCUUCGCCGUCGAUUCCAGAAAGGCCUACGAGCUUGACGAACUCAAGUGUAAAUCCCACUUCUCCAUACUCAUACUCCUCUACAACAAGCCCCUACAGUACCGGUAUGAAUUCGAUAGGUGGUAUGGGUGGUUUGGGAACCACGGGAUAUGGCGGCUAUGGCGGUUAUGGCGGUUAUGGAUCUGCUUAUGGUAGCGGGUAUGGUGGAUAUGGUUCUUACGGUGGAUAUGGUGGUGGAUACUCGCGAUAUGGUGCCGGAGGAAUGUAUGGAGGUGGAUAUGGCGGUGGGUUUGGUGGAAUGCCCGGUGACCAAAAUGGUCUUCGGGGAUUUGAAAAUAGUACUGCUGCCACUUUCCAAUUGAUCGAAUCGAUUGUUGGUGCUGUAGGUGGUUUUGCCCAGAUGCUAGAGUCUACUUAUAUGGCUACCCACUCAUCAUUUUUUGCCAUGGUUUCUGUGGCAGAACAAUUUGGCCACUUGAAAACGAGUCUUGGCUCAAUUCUAGGCGUUUUCGCUAUUAUGCGGUGGCUAAGAAAACUUAUUGCCAAGGUUAGUGGCCAGACUGAUCCUGCUAUUGCUAGCACUGCAUCUAAGUUGACUGCUAAGGAUUUUGCUAAGUUCAAUAGUAACGGUGGAUCGAGCGCUGUUGCUAGACCCAGACCAUCUUUUAAGCCAUUACUGAUGUUUUUGGCGGCUGUGUUUGGAUUCCCUUAUCUGUUGGGUAAACUCAUUAAAGCCAUGUCUUUACGUCAACAAGGAUUAGCUCCUGCUGGUGGUCUGCUAGAUAACGGUGCACCUAUCGAUCCCUCACAACUGGAAUUUUGCCGUGCUAUCUACGACUUUGUUCCUGAAAACCCCAAUAUCGAGCUCGAACUGCACAAAGGCGACCUCGUAGCCAUUCUCUCUAGACAAGACCCCGCUGGAAACCCAAGUCAGUGGUGGAGAGCCCGUACUCGUGAUGGACGUUCUGGUUACAUUCCUGCCACUUAUGUAGAAGUUAUUCCACGAAGGCUGGAAGAAACAAAACUCAUUAAAGAGACAGCUAGUAGCUAA